AUGGUGGACAUCUUUGCGGCCUUACAUAACUCCGAAGAGAGGCAGAUUACUUUUGCGGUCUUCCAAUUAGAAGGGGCCGCUCGCUCUUGGUGGAAUGUUAUUCGAACCAAGUGGGAGAGAGAGCAGACACCCAGAACGUGGGUGAACUUUGUAAGAGAAUUUAACGCCAAGUACUUUCUGCCCUUGAUCCAAGAAAAGAAGGAGGAUGAGUUCAUCCGAUUUCGCCAGGGCACCCAAUCCGUGGCUGAAUACGAAAGCCAGUUUACCCGAUUAGCCAAGUUUGCCCCUGAACUUAUUAUGACUGAACAAAGAAGGGUACGACGUUUCAUUCAGGGGCUAAAUGUGGAAAUCCAAAAGGAUUUAGCCGUGACCCAGAUUAACACUUUCAGUGAUGUGGUGGAUAAGGCUUUGCGAGCCGAGAACGCAAGGCUUCAAGUUCGGAAUUUUCAAGUGAGGAAACGUGGGUUUUUCGGAGGUAGUUCUACACAGGGGGAUAAGAGUACCCCUCCCAAAUUUGGCCGUGGAGCUGGACGAGGACGAGUUCCUGGUACGGCAAGAGGGACUCCGCCAAGAGGUGGCCAGAAGGGACGAGGCCAACAGAGGAGUGCCUCACAAGGGAGCUCCGCCACUGUUUCUCGUGGCCCGUGUGGGUUCUGUGGGAAGCCGAACCACACGGAGGAUAACUGCUGGAGAAAGGAGAAGAAGUGCUUACGCUGUGGGAGCACGGAGCACCAGAUAGCCAGCUGUCCAGUUCAACCCUGA